AUGUCUAAAGGAGCCCAAAAUAUCACAAAAAAUAUAGAAAUUUCUCAAAAUGCUUCAAAUAAAACCACUAAUUCUCAAACCUCGUACCCAAAUAGUAAUAAAAUCAAGACACAAAGUGAGCAGCCCAGUACCUCAAAACAUAUUCAAGCCAAUUGCUCUACGAGCAACGAGAACAUUCUAUUACGGACUGCAAUAAUGCAAAUAGAAUAUAGAGGCGAGCUAUUCACUAUAAGAGAUUUAAUCGACCCAGGUUCUCAGCGAACUUUCUUAGCUCAAAGAAUUAGAAAUCGUCUCCAGCUCCCUUACCAAAAAUCUCACUUUGAAAUUGCGGGUAUUGGUGGUCAUAAACAAAUAGCAAGUAAAGAAUGUGAGCUCAUACUAUAUGCUAGAAGAUCAAAUACGAGAAUCCCAAUAAAAGCUAUAGUCUUGCCUAACGUAACCAAACAACUCCCAGCGUAUUCGUUUGAAAUCUCUAACGCACAAGAACUAAAAGAAUUAGAUAUAGCCGAUCCCACUUUUAAUAAAUCAUCCCAGAUAGAUUUAAUUCUAGGCAACAACUACGAACACUUUAUUAAUCUUAAUGGCAUAAAAAGGAACAUUUGUGGCAAAAUAUCGGCAUAUAACACAAUUUUACUUAGUGGUCCCAUACAAAUUGAACCCAUUCAAGCCUUUACAACUGAAGUUAGCACGUAUGAAAGCGAACUCAAUACACCUUUAAAAAAGUUUUGGGAAGAUGAAGAAAUUCCAUCAGUAUACCCAAACUCAACUGAUGAUGAAUUCUGUGAAAAUUUCUAUGUCCACACAACCACUCGUCAUACAGACGAAUCUCAAUCCCUACACACGGAAGUUGAAAGAGAUGAUAUUUUGGAGAAAUAUUCAUCAUACUCCAAAGCUUUACGUGUUAUUUGUUACAUUUUUAGAUUCUUUAACCAAUCUAUAAAAAAGCGAGAACAAAAUGCAAAUAGUAACGCUCAUGAUCAUUUGUCUCAAAAUGAAAUGAAAUUCACAAAAUCUAGACUAAUUAUUUUAGCCCAAAAAAGUUUUUAUCCAGAAGAAUAUAGUUGCCUAGAGAACUCUAAGUCUAUUUCUAACCAAUUUCUAUGUCACGCUGAAUGCAGUCAAAUGUACAGAGCAGUACAAACUGAAUUCUUUAUAUUCAGGCUUAAACCGCGUAUUAAAAAGAUAAUACGUAACUGCAAAUCUUGUGUAGUAUACAAACAGCAGCCAUGUUCACAAAUAAUGGCACCCCUACCUCCGGAAAGAUGUAACCUGUCUUUACCCUUUCAAAUAACGUGUAUUGAUUUUGCUGGACCGUUUGAAUUGAAGACAUCCUCGUUAAGAAAAUCACCCUAUGUUAAAGGUUACGUCAGUGUUUUCGUUUGUUUCAGCACGAAAGUCAUACAUCUAGAACCCUGCUCAGAUCUUUCCUCUGCUGCUUUUGAGGCCGCAUUUAGUCGUUUCGUUGGGAGGCGAGGCCUACCCCAAAGAGUAGUAACAGAUAAUGGCAGAAAUUUUCUCGGUUGCAGUAGAGCACUUGAACUCGAAUUUUCAGCUUUCGUUGAACAGGCAGCUCACGACAUAGCUCAGAAAUAUAUUACUCACGUGUUCGAGUGGAAAUUUAUAACACCGCACGCUCCACACAUGGGCGGUUUAUGGGAAGCCGCCGUAAAAAGCUUCAAAUUUCACUUUAAACGAGUUGCGGGGCCCCAUAAAUUCACUUAUGAAGAAUUAGCUACUGUGUUAGCUCGAAUUGAAGGAGUACUUAACUCACGUCCCAUAUCUGCACUAUCUGAAGAUCCCACGGAUCUGACAGCUUUGACCCCAGGAUCAACCGAAGGCUCGAAACCACCCGUCCAACUCCAAACCGUCGAAGUCAAGCGAGCAACAGUGCCAGGAGGCGUGAUCCAGAGAUCUAUAAAUGUGCGUUGUGCAACCGUUUUCACGCGCUGCGAUUCUGCCGUAAGUUCCUGA